AUGUCUCAACAAUUCCAGAGGGAAAAGACAUUCAGCGCUUACAGCCAAAACCAAGGCAAUGCGUACGCUCAGAUCCGUCGCGAUUACCACCCCAACGUGUAUCAAACCAUCAUCGACCAUCAUACCUCAACUGGCGGCAGACUAGAUACCCUUCUCGAUGUGGGUUGUGGCCCGGGACUUGCUGCUCGUGCACUAGCCAAGCACUUUACACAUGUCACUGGACUUGACCCUUCCGAGGGGAUGCUAGCCACUGCUCGCUCCCUGGGUGGUACUUCAGCCUCCUCCGAGCCUAUCCGUUACGAGGUCUCUACGGCCGAAGAGCUAGGCCAAGACCUGUCAAGGUCUUCCAUUGAAGAGUCAAGUGUUGAUCUCAUAACUGCUGCAAAUGCUGCCCAUUGGUUCGACAUGUCCCGUUUCUGGCUAAGGGCGGCCAAAGUACUGAGGCCCGGUGGAAGCGUUGCAUUAUGGAAUAGCGGUGAGAUGCGCGCUCAUCCUUCCCUGCCCAAUGCAGAUGCUAUACAAGCUGCAAUAGAUGAAUAUCAGGACCGUCAACUGAAGCCUUAUCGUGAGGUUGGUAAUAUCAUGGCACGGAAUCGCUAUACUGAUCUUCUGCUGCCUUGGAAUAUGUCUCAUCCCAUGAGUGACUUCGAUGAGGCAGCAUUUUUCCGCAAAGACUGGAAUCCAGAGGAAGAUUUCUUUGUGGGCUUACCGGAAGCUGACUUGGGCACUUUCGAAAAGCUUCUGGCAACGCACAGCGCCUAUACGCGCUGGGCCCAGGCGCAUCCUGAUAUUGCCGGCACGGAUAAGGAUCAGCUGAAGAUUCUCCGCAAAGAAAUCGAGCGACUGUUACGCAAGGCGGGAGUGAAAGAAGGAAGCGAAAAGAUGAAAUGUACUGUACACGGCACAAUACUGAUAGUGAAGAAGAUCUAA